GUCAAGCUGGGAGCUGCCUGACCUGCGAGAAGGAAGAGUAAAAGCCAUCAGCGAUUCGGAUGGCGUGAGCUACCCCUGGUACGGAAACACCACAGAAACUGUGACCCUGGUCGGGCCCACUAACAAGAUCUCCAGGUUCUCGGUGAGCAUGAAUGACAAUUUCUACCCCAGCGUGACGUGGGCUGUGCCUGUGAGCAACAGUAAUGUGCCGCUGCUGACAAGGAUUAAAAGGGACCAGAGCUUUACCACGUGGCUGGUGGCCAUGAACACCACCACCAAGGAAAAGAUCAUCUUGCAGACUAUAAAGUGGAGGAUGCGAGUGGACAUUGAGGUUGAUCCCAUGCAGCUGCUGGGGCAGCGAGCACGGCUGGUGGGAAGGACUCAGCAGGAGCAGCCCCGGAUCCUCAGCAGGAUGGAGCCCAUCCCACCAAACGCACUAGUGAAACCCAAUGCCAACGAUGCCCAGGUCCUCAUGUGGAGACCCAAGCGAGGCCAGCCGAUAGUUGUGAUACCUCCCAAGUAG